AUGCCACCCCGCAAAUCGAAAAAAAAGCAGACGCGACUUGCCUUUGCGACUGCUUCGCCUGCAGUGGAUGUGAACCCGGAGGAAAGCAACCGAUUUGCAACGCUCAAAUAUGAAAACCCAAGCCUGGGCACGUACCGUCCUCCAAAAGCCUCAAAAAUCAAGUCGGAAACUUCGCCCGAGAAAGAACGUCCGAAGCUCUCCACCAAGACGAGAUCCAAUGAUAAACCCGCAAAAAAUGAGCUGUUUACAGAAGACCAAUCGGGCAAUGAAUCUUUAGACGAACCCAUCAUCCCCGCCUCCCAGAAGAGAAAGCAAGUCGCGCCACCUAACAACCUCGAAGUGAUCCUCAGCCCACCAAAGCUUCAGGACACCCAACAUACAAAGAAAUCCCACUCAAGGAAGUCACAACCAUCUUUGCAAUUCCCAAAGAAGAAUACUCAGAAGACAAGUGGUUCUGACUCGGAGGAGCUCUCCCGGCCGCGCCGAGCACUCAAGCGAAAGGCCGCAAGCUCACCGAUUGACCCAAGCGACUCAGACGAGCCUGUGGCCUCUUCAGUCAGCAAACGACGCAGGUCUAACCGAGAGGGCCACUCUUCAAGUUCACCUCUUCUACUCAGCGACGAUGAUUCAAACGAGUCGGUGGCUCCUUCGACCGUCAAGCGGCGCAGGGUAGUAAGGCCAGCUGUAGUAACCGAAAGUGACGACGAGUCCUCAGAUGAGCUAUUGGUCUCCUCGCCAGUGAAGAGGCUCCGACGUGGACAGGAGAAAGCAAGUCCUCAAGUUCCCCACACCCCCCGCCACAUCUCGAAACAGGCCAGACUCGAUAUCGCAGAGGAUCUGGAGGACCUCCAGGAUUCAGUUGUCAAGAAAAGUCGAACUCGCGGCCGGAAUGUCGAAUCUGCCCGAGACAAGAGAAUGAAACACCUUGAAGCCCUGCGCCGCAGACGCGCUGGUGUAAAAUCCGAGGAUGAAGAAGAAGAAGAAGUUGAUGAAGAUGAAGACGAUUCAGAUGCGCAGGAGACUUCACGUCCUGGCAGCGAUGCCAGUCCCUCUGGUCGUGGUCUCUGGCGGCAUCACAACGAUGACAGCGACGUAGAAUCAGCCAUCGACCCUAACGAGAACCUUGAUCGGUACGAGGAUGACUUUGUCCUAGAAGACGAGCACGAUCUCGGCGUUCCCACUGAGGAGAUACCCUUCGAGUUUACCAGACAUGCAUAUAAGCAACCGAAGGAAUAUUUCCGCGACGUCAUCGGUUGGAUGGUGCAAAACAAACUCAACCCAGCUUUCCCUCGCUCUGAUGACAUGUACAAGAUGGCUUUCAUGAAGCUAGAAGAUGAAGUUAAGGGUCGGGCUGGAUCACAGCUAAUCUCCUCUGUCUGGAACCCCAGUUUCGUAUAUGCCCUCCAGGCCCGUCCACACAUUGAGAUCGCUGCCUUCCCCACGGAGGAGAACCAUCCCUGCGAUGCUUGCAGGCGCUCUGGACACCCCGCUUCUAGUGAUGUCAAGCUUUACGGGAAGGCUUAUUCCCUGGAGACGCUAGAGCCACUGGAAGAUGAUGAUAAUGACAGCGACGACAGUGAGAAUUCUAGUAAAGAAGACGAUGGAAAGGAACGAGACCGGGAUGGCCAUGUCAUUCCGCCCGAAAAUAUCCGGUAUUUUCUGGGAAGACAAUGCAAGGCGAGAGCCCAGCUCGCCCACACCCUUACACAUUGGCGCUACCAUCUCAAUGAAUGGGUCAUUGACUUUCUCGAUCGUGCGGGCCACAUGGAGGCCGACGAGAUCCUACGACGAAAUGACAUGAGCGUCAAGCGGAAGACGCGAAAUGCAAAUGAAGUCCUCGAUAGCAUGACUGGAAGUGGUGAAGUCGAUAAGCUUUGGCGUGACUUCCAUAUCAAUCUCAAGUCUGCCCGCGAGAAAGAGUGCUUCCAUGAUGCUGACCAGCGUUUCCUUAUAUAA